CAAAAAUUUGAGUUCUCAAAUACAUAUCAUCAGAGAGAAAUAUUAAAAGAUAAACCAAAUAGCAUUUUACCAUCUCGAAAAGUCGCUAUGUAGUUUCUACUUUCUACGUCCACAUUCACGUCCACGAUGAAAUAGAUAUGAUGGCGCUGUGAAUCAGCAUAAUUUGUUUCAGAAAUCAGUAUUCAGUUUCAGUAUUCAGUUAUUCAGUAGAUCGUAGAUCACUGGCAUGACUCGACUGCUUUCAGUCUUCCCUAGUACUACUUAGAUAUAUAGAUGAAAAUUAUCUUCGACUCGGCGUUAACCGAUGCGUUUGUGUGCGGGACAACCGGUUCACGACGAACUCAAAGGCGGACUGACCGAUGGCGAUGACGUUGAUUCUGUGCAAACCACCAAGACUUUCCCUCGUUUGACAGGCUGAGACCGCCGAGAUAAACUGGUCGAACUGCAUGCUCUGUAACAUAUGCCGUAAUAAAAAAGUAUUUUAACAGUCCGAUUACGUCUGAGCGUGACUGCGCACAUUUUGUCGGGAAUCAGAUAGUAGAAAAGGAGAAGACUCCUUCCCAGUGAACUGAGUAACUGACAGCCAACGCUGCAAAUUGUUAUUGGUACCUCGAUUCUUUCAUUUGCCAAUAAAUAAGGAACAGAAAUGGCUCUACCGCUUACGAGCGAUUAUUUGGAAACCUAUUCCGGCAGAGACAAGAUGCUGAGAACUCUCUCUUAUACUGCAAAGCUUCUUACUGUAUGUACAUCGUCCAAGAAUACCGAGAAGAAGCUCAAGACCUUUGGGAGCCAGAUGAGCGAGUGCAGAGUGAUGUUGCGCUUGCUAGAUGACCUUCCGACGCUUCACUGCGUGAUGACAUACGGAUGGGGAAAGCAGGAACCUGACUGGUUGAUUAGAUGGAGCCAAGUGAUACAAAAUGUAGUAGACGUUAUUUAUUCUCCCAUAGAGACCAUUGCUUGGGCUGGCCAGCAUAAUAUAGUGUCGAUCAAUAAUGACAAAUGGGAUCUUGCUACAACUUGGUUUUGGAUAGUUUCUCUACACCUGUCCUUACUGAAAUCGCUGAGACUAUUACGAAAGCUUCAUAAAUACAAAAUAGAAUUGGAAAGAAGUGAUCCUAGUAAGCGAACCUUGUUGAAAGGCCUCAACGAGCAACGGCAAAAUGCGCUAUUGACAUGCACGCGCACUGUGCUGGAUAUUUCUUAUGCGAUCAGUUAUUUACCUCCGGGAGUACUUUGGGGAGGCCGUUUAAAAACGUGGCACGUUGGAGCACUUGGUACAAUAUCGUCGUUAAUUGGGCUUUAUCAAGCUCUUAGCCGGCAAAUAAAAAGUUAAAAAUAUUUCUAAUGAUUAUCGGAGAAAGGUCUUAUCGUUAAAGUGUGGGUGAUUGUGUGUGUAUAUAUAUAUUAUCUUCAUAAUAAUUGUCUUGCAAAUUUCUGAAAGCCUCUGCGGCUUCUUGCAGCGACUUUUUAAGAUGUGCUUCCACUGGCGCGCUUAUUCCUUGUAAUUGCUUAUCUAAACUUUUACCAGAUUCAGAUCCUAAAUCUAGAAUAUAGAAUAUAUCUUCUAUUAAUUUGCUAUUUUAUUUUUUGUUACGAUUUAUAAAAAAUAAUUACGAUCAUUGCUCAUGAAUAUUGUAUAUAAUGUAUUGUAUAUAUUAUGGAUAACUGCGUUGUACAUGCAUUGGCAAUAUUAAAUAAAAAAAUGUUACAGAAGAAAAAUAUAUCGA